AUGAAAAUUGGUUUUAAUGUAUUUAAAAAAUCACAAAAGAGAUCUGAUCAAGCUCAUCUUUGUGCAUUAUCAGAGAGUAGAUUUAAAGUUGAUCAAUUUCUAAAUUCAAAUACAUUUUCAAAAGGUAAAACAUUACAACCAAGAAUAUUAGCAAUUUGUGAAGAUUCAAUUAAAAUUAUAGCAGGUGAUGAAUCUGAUAUUAUUGAAGAAAUUGGUUGGUUACAAAUUCAACAAUUCAAUCUUAAAGAUAGUUGGACAGAAUGGGAAAUUAUUUUAAAAGAUAAAAGAAAGUUCUUUUUCAAAAGUGAUCGUUGUUUUGAUAUUCACAUGGCUACUGAUCAUAUUUUAGAUGGUUUAAUUUGUUUAAAUAAAACAAAUGAUUUUAAAAAUAUUGAAUAA